AGUUUAUCAGCUCUGUGUCAACUUCCAUCCGUUUUUUAAUGAUGAUUGCGGCUUUCAUUCCGGAAUCUGUUCCUUAUUUCAAUGCACCACAAACUAUCACCAGUUUCCUGCUCUUGGUUCCGUGGUGGUUUUAUCAGCAGAAAGACACAGAGAGCCGAGCAGGGGGGUUGUCCUGCUACAGAUCAGAAGACCAGUGAUCCUACAGCGGCAUCAGGACGAGGCCAGAGCGAAAAGCACAAAGGCUGCAGCAGCAUCAUACAAUAAUCAAAGUUGGAAUGAAACGAUAUAUUUUUUCAGUAAACUCAUGAUGCGGCACGCAAAGCGGGGAUGCCAGCCAGGCGUGGCUUGCAUUUGAAAAGCCAUGAUGUAUAUAACCAGCCUGUCCGUUUGAUAAGCACACUAAUCUAAGUGAUGAGUAGUAAAGGACACGUCAUUAAAUAAAGGAACCGAUUUACCGAAGUUGAGGAGGAGGUGAAAUACGCAUUACGCCGGGUUGCAUACCUUCGUGGCUUUUUGCGCACGGGAUUUGACUUCCUAUGUUGAACGAUAAACUUCCUUGAUUCAACGGACAUUUUAAUUGCAUUAACAGAUCCCUUCAGUUGUGCGCCAUGUCGGAGGUUGGGGGCUUUCUAGGGACACUCGACUUGGAUUUACAGAGUUUCCCCGCACUAGGAAGUAUGCCCUUGGCAGAGGCGCCAGCGGGGUUACUGGAUGAGAGGCUGGGACAGAUCGAGGGGAGGUUACAGCGAGGCUCGCUGACGGAAUUCGAGCACCUUAAAGGGAUUCUGCGGCGGAGGCAGCUGUACUGUCGAACCGGAUUCCAGCUGGAGAUAUUCCCCAACGGGACCGUGUACGGGACAAGACAGGACCACAGCAGAUUCGGUAUCCUAGAGUUCAUCAGUCUGGCUGUAGGGCUGGUCAGUAUUAGAGGAGUGGACGCAGGACUCUACCUGGGCAUGAACGAGAGAGGAGAGCUCUAUGGGUCGAAGUUAACAGCGGAGUGCGUGUUCAGAGAGCAGUUUGAGGAGAAUUGGUACAACACAUACGCCUCUACGCUCUACAAACACACCGACACCGGACGCUUCUACUACGUAGCGCUCAACAAGGACGGCUCGCCACGGGAGGGGGGGAGGACGAAGAAACACCAGAAACUAACGCACUUCCUGCCUCGGCCUGUGGAGAUAGAAAAGAUCCCCCAGGCGUACAGAGAUCUGUUCCAAUACAGGUGACCAGGGCUGAGCCUGGGAGAGAGGGAUGAGGAGGAGGAAAGGGAGGAGAGUUUGGGACUAAGGACAGGACUCAGUACUCCCGCUGACCCCGCCCCCACUGACCCCGCCCCCACUCCCCCUGUGAAGGUGUUUAUGUAUUGCCCCUCCAGCCAAAAGGUCCCCCUCCCAUUCCUCCGAAUGGACCACCAACAAGAGAGAUAAACAUAGCUUGUGUUCCUGGACGUUAACACUAUGAGAGGACUGUUUGACCUCAGAGGGGUCAGAGUAGAGUGUAGGAGACGCUCUUCUCUCCAGCCACUGAGGAGAGAGAGGGGGAGUCCUACUAGAGGGGGGUGUUAUUAGGCCCAUAAGACCUCACUCUGGAGGAGAGCACAGGGUUGAGAGGAGAAAAUCCCUUCUCUGAACGGAUACGGAGGGAGAGAGACUGGACUGGCGUUAGGCCUGUAUGACUGCCUAACCCACCCUGGGAUAACCGCAGGUUAAAACCACCUGAACCACUAACCACCUGAAGAAGACAAAGACUUUUCCUGAUGAGAACCACUUUUAUACAUAAUAAGAUAAUUAACCAGCAAUAAUUCACUGCAAAUAAGAAAGGGUUUGGGGUUAGUCCUCAGCAGUUUGAGUAAGGGGUCUGAGGACUAUUAAUGAACAAGUAAUGGAAAGUUGAUCAGACUAACUGAGAUGACCAGUGGACACUACUCUAGCCAAGCCAUUCACCACAGCAACCAGAGAACUCCAGGGAGCGAGGGAGGGAUUGACCAAUGGAAGUUGAGAGAAUGUCAGUGUGUUCUAAAUCAACGUGUAGAGAGAACUGAUCUUCUGACUAGUCAUUGUGAUGUCAGAGUGUUCUAAAUCAACGUGUAGAGGGAACUGAUCUUCUGACUAGUCAUUGUGAUGUCAGAGUGUUCUAAAUCAACGUGUAGAGGGAACUGAUCUUCUGACUAGUCAUUGUGAUGUCAGAGUGUUCUAAAUCAACGUGUAGAGGGAACUGAUCUUCUGACUAGUCAUUGUGAUGUCAGAGUGUUCUAAAUCAAUGUGUAGAGAGAACUGAUCUUCUGACUAGUCAUUGUGAUGUCAGAGUGUUCUAAAUCAACGUGUAGAGGGAACUGAUCUUCUGACUAGUCAUUGUGAUGUCAGAGUGUUCUAAAUCAACAUGUAGAGAGAACUGAUCUUCUGACUAGUCAUUGUGAUGUCAGAGUGUUCUAAAUCAACGUGUAGAGGGAACUGAUCUUCUGACUAGUCAUUGUGAUGUCAGAGUGUUCUAAAUCAACAUGUAGAGAGAACUGAUCUUCUGACUAGUCAUUGUGAUGUCAGAGUGUUCUAAAUCAACGUGUAGAGGGAACUGAUCUUCUGACUAGUCAUUGUGAUGUCAGAGUGUUCUAAAUCAACGUGUAGAGAGAACUGAUCUUCUGACUAGUCAAUGUGAUGUCAGGGCUGAGCUGGGAGAGAGAGAGAGAGAGUACACUACUACUUAGAAUGUAUAUGUGAUGGAGACAGAUUGGCCAUGACGGUGCAUCCAGGUGUAACAGGGUUGGCAGAACUUGGCACAUAAGUUAAAUGAUCAAUGUAAAGAGAUGUGAUGAGCUGGGAUACAUGUAAUACUUUUUGACUAUGUGAUAAAUGUAAAACAUGAAUUCAGUUGGUACAGUCAAGGACAUGGAUGGUGCAGCUAGAUUGCAUUUCAAUUAAAUGCAGAUGACAACGAA